AUGGGGUUUUUGUUGAAAGAAGCUUUGAAGACUCUUUGUGCUAGGAAUCAGUGGUCUUAUGCUGUUUUCUGGAAGAUCGGUUGCAAUAAUUCCAAGCUGUUAAUCUGGGAAGAUUGCUACUACGAACCAUUGCCAUCUCGUGUCCUUCCACAAAUUGCUGGAACGUCUAACUUGCCUUACCGAGAUAGGGAAGGAUGCUGGUUUUCUUCCGAUUCUCAGCUACGGAUUCAAGAGGACGACAGAGUUUGUUCAUUGAUUAACAAGAUGAUGGUGAAUAAUUCUGUUAAUGUUGCUGGUCAAGGGAUACUUCAACGUGUGGCAUUCACAGGAAAUCAUCAGUGGAUUGUUUUGAACAAUUUCAUUAAAGAUGCAUAUCCACCAGAGGUAUUAACCGAGUUGCAUUGCCAAUUUUCAGUCGGAAUGCAGACAGUGGUGGUUAUUCCCGUGAUUCCCCAUGGUGUUGUUCAACUCGGUUCUUUUUUACCGAUAAUGGAGAAUAUUGGAUUUGUGAAUGAUGUGAAGAACUUGAUCUUUCAAUUGGGACAUGUUCCUGGUGCACUUCUAUCCGAAGACUAUUCAACAAGACUUUCUAAUGAAAGACAUGCCGGACCUGUGACUAAUUUUAAGCCGUUUUCUUUCGAUCCACAAGUCAUUACCUCAAACUGCACUCCCUCGGUAGCUAGCGGUUCUAACCAACCGAGUAAUUCACUGCAUGGUCCAAUGCAUGUUGCUGCUCAACCCCCUUCUUUUCCCAACGGUUCUGUAUUGACACCCCAAUCCCAAAACCUAAACCAGAUAUUAGAAAGCCUUUGCCAACCGAAGGCUCAACGAGAGAAUACAUCUGUGAAAGCUGAAGCUGAAGUGAUAUCGACAAAUUUCGAUUCUUCAUGUCUGCAACAACGUUCCUUUUCAUAUAAUGCAAGGUCUGCACUCAAUAUGGAACAACAAAUCUUCUCUGAUAUCAGGACGCAAAGUCAUGGUAACCGAAAUAUGAAUCCAUCGUCAAGUGCCUUAAAUAUGUCUCGACGGCAAACCGAUGGAGGCCAAAUUUAUUAUCAGAAUUCUAACAACACUUCACUUCUUGGAGGAAUCCCAAUAUGUAGUAGUAGUGGGAUGAGUAAUAAUAAUCUUCGAAGGAAAAAUAUGAAUAAUUGCUCGGUUUCAAAUCCCCCAAAGUUAUCCGCUACUGAUUUUUCCGGAAAACAAAAAGUAGGGUUCGGAAUUCAAAAUGAUAAUUCAACUACAGCUGUCAAUCAGAUUCAUCCAAAAGGCUCUGAUCAGAAGAAUCUUCCCACGGAUGGAAGGAUAGAUGAUUUGCUUCAGGCUCUUAAGAUUCCGUCAUCUCAUCAUCUUAACGAGCAUGUGCCAAUGAACGAUCACAUCCCUGGUUUUCUUCAUGAUUUGGAACUUGAAGAAGUGUGUACGCAACUUUCAUCGGGUGAUGACGACUUGUUUGAUGUCUUGGGCGUGGAUUUCAAAAGGAAUCUGCUGAACGGAAACUGGAAUACAUUGUUUGCCGAUGAAUCAGAUGCCAAUGCAGAAAAUCUUGAUAAAAAGGCAAUGUCUACUAAUUUUCUGGUUGUAGGUCAUGAUAAUAGUUAUCCGGUUAAUGAAGCAAUUUUAGACAACGGCAUCUUCUCUGGAACGAACACUGGCCAUCUCUUAGAUGCUGUCGUCUCAAAAACUCAACCUGCUUCAAAUGAGAAUUCCGAUGAAAUGUCUUGCAGGACCACAAUAACAAGAAUUAGUACCGCGUCUGUUCCUUCUACCGGCAUUCAGAUUAUCCACGAUCAUGUUGGCCAGGGGUUGCUGUAUGAUUUUCCCAAAACCGAGAUUAAAACAAGUGCAGCGGAAACAAGUUCUCUUAGGUCUGGUUGCAGCAAAGAUAAUGUUGGAAACUGUUCUCAAACCACUUCCGUAUACGGUUCUCAACUUAGUUCAUGGGUGGAAAACGGUAGCAGCAGCCACGUGAAACGUGAAAAUAGUGUUUCAACUGGAUACUCUAAGAGACCAGAUGAAGUUAGCAAACCAAAUCGUAAAAGGCUUAAACCUGGAGAGAACCCUAGGCCUCGACCUAAAGAUCGCCAAAUGAUUCAAGAUCGCGUGAAAGAGUUGCGCGAAAUCGUGCCUAACGGAGCAAAAUGUAGCAUCGAUGCUCUUCUGGAGAGGACCAUCAAACAUAUGAUUUUCUUGCAAAGUGUAACAAAGCAUGCUGAUAAGCUGAAACAGACAGGAGAAUCCAAGAUUCUUAGUAAAGAAGGUGGGUUGUUAUUAAAAGACAACUUUGAGGGAGGGGCUACAUGGGCGUACGAGGUUGGUUCACAAUCAAUGGUUUGCCCUAUCAUAGUCGAGGAUCUUAAUCAUCCCCAUCAGAUGCUCGUUGAGAUGCUUUGUGAGGAACGAGGUCUCUUUCUUGAAAUAGCCGAUUUAAUCAAAGGAUUAGGGUUAACUAUCCUGAAGGGUGUCAUGGAAGCUCGCAACGACAAGAUUUGGGCACGCUUUUCUGUCGAGGCAAACAGGGAUGUAACAAGGAUGGAAAUAUUCAUGUCACUGGUUCGACUUUUGGAGCAAACAGCGAAAGGAGGUGCAUCUUCAUCAAAUGCUGCAGUUGAUAAAAACAUGAUGGUUUAUCAUUCGAUCCCGCAAUCCACCUAG